AAGUUUGCCCACAAUAUCUGUCGCACGGAUGGUUGUACGGAUUGUAUCCUUUCAUAGUGCUCUCAUUGUCCCCCGCACUGCAUUCUGGGGCUCCGUGUGACACCUGCCGCCCAGUUCAGGUGAACGGGAGGCGGUGAAUGCCCGCCGCGUCCGAGCCGCUCAGGUCGGAUUUCUGCGCUUUUUUUCAAAGGAAGCGACAGCGGGGGUUUCCUCUCUCUCCAUCGUUUCUAUGCCUGAGGUAUUGUUGCAUAUCGCCUCUCCGGAGCUAAACGGGACAGUGCUAUGAGGACUCUCCCCAAAAGCAAAACUUGCGAAGUGUACUGCGUCUCCGGGCAUGGACACUCAGGCUGCGCUGCUGCACAGGGACAGGGGGAGCUGAAGGAGCCCACCCAGUCACUGAGCCCCCCCACGAAGCCUGAGGAUCAGGCAGAGCAGGAGGAAGAGGGGGGGCGAGCUCCAGUGUGUGGCUCUUGGAGGAGAUGGAUGUUAGGUCUUCUGCCUUUCUUUCCCUUCACUGCUGCCAUUGCACUGACUCUCCACUUCUUGACACCUCCGCCCUCCUCAGUGUUCUUCCUCGGUGGCAGCGUGGAGUUCCCAAACCUGAGCUUCACCUCAGAGCUGGCUGACUCCACCUCCCCUCAGUUCCGCCUGCAGGCUCGGGCUUUGAACAGUUAUUUCUCAGAGCUCUACGAGUCCUCGCCGUGGAGCUCUUACUACCUGCACUCAGGAAUUACUGCCUUCAGUGAAGGAGCGGAAGGGCUCAAUGUCUUCUACUGGAGUAAAUUCUCCGCCCCGGAUGAUGUUGCAGUGGCGAUCCGGAUGUCCAGCCCAGAGAGGCUACAGCGCAGGCUUCCUGGCAGCAACAAGGUGCUGUGGGACAGCCGCAAUGAGCAGCGCUAUUACAUGGAGCACGAUGACGACAUGCUCCACCUGCUGGGUUUGGACCCUGAUGACUUUGAGUCAGAAGAAAAAUUGGACAAGAGUAAGAAUCCAAACAGCAUCCAGAGUGGGAAGUGGCAGCUUGGCUUCCAAGCAAUGUCCUUUGACCUCUAUGCCAAAUAUGGCAACAACCGCACCCUGAGCCUUGUGAGUCCCAAGAAGCCGUACUACCAGUGGCGUCUUCGUGUGCCGUCGGGUCAUGUGGUUCGACUGGUCAUCCUCACCCUGCAUGGUGCCACGCCAGGAAGCUGCACCGCCCACAAGCUCUCGGCCUACGACUUCUUACUUCCAUUACAGAACAAGAUAAUUGCCAGGUGGUGUGGGUUCCCUAUUUUGGGUUCGUCCCCUGUCAUGAAGCUGACAUCCUCUGGGAAUGUGAUGCUGGUCACCUUCUCCUUCAGCAGACAGAGGGAUGGAGCAAUAUUUAAAGCUUACUUCCAAGCCAUCCCAAAAGCAGGUUGUGGAGGGUCGAUUUCCUCCUGGAACGGCUCUAUUUCCUCCCCCUACUACCCUUCUUAUUACCCUCCUAACAUAGACUGCACCUGGACGCUACGGGCGCCGUUGCCAGGAUACCUGAUCUCCAUGACGAUCGUGACGAUAGACAUUCAGGAUUCCUCGUCAUCAGACGGCUGUGAGAAAGACUGGCUGGACAUCGGAGGGGUCAAGCUGUGUAAUCCAGUGUCAGACAGCAGCAAAAAGCGAGUCUACUCCUCUCCUCUCUCCCUCCACUUCCAUUCGGACGAAUCUCUCACUCACAAGGGCUUCUACUUGGUCUACAGAGCCUUCUCUCCAGAGGGCACCUGUCCUCGCCAGUUUCGCUGCGGAGAUGGACGCUGUAUCCCUCUGAGGAAGGUGUGUGAUGGAAUAAAAGACUGCUCAGAUGGACGGGACGAGGCUAAAUGCUCAUCCUGCAGGCCAGGUGAAGUGUUGUGUGGGAACGGCCAGUGUAAGCCUCAGAGCAGCCAGUGUGUGAGCCAGAGCACGUGUGCAGACAGCAGUGAGGAAGGCGCCUGUGGAGGGAAAUGUUACCACGUGUGUCCCAACAAGGUGUGUUUGCCAAAGUCUUCAGUGUGCGAUGGUGUUGUUGACUGCAAAGACCGCAGCGAUGAACUCAACUGUACCAGAGCGUACCUUAAAGGCUGCUCCUCAUCCUCUUACAAAUGUGCUAAUGGAAAGUGUGUGAGUAAGGUUAACCCUGAGUGUGAUGGAGUCAAAGACUGCUUUGACGGCUCUGAUGAACUGCGCUGUGGUUGUGGCACCAGGCCCAGGAAGCGUACUAAAAUAGUGGGUGGCUCUGACGCUGGGGCGGGGUCAUGGCCGUGGCAGGUCAGCCUCCAGAUGGAUCGCUACGGCCACGUCUGUGGAGCCACACUUGUCGCCAGCCGCUGGCUCAUCUCUGCAGCUCAUUGCUUCCAGGACUCAGACGCCAUUAAAUAUUCAGAUGCCCGUGCAUGGCGGGCCUAUAUGGGAAUGCGUGUGAUGACUACAGGGAACAACGGCGCAGCCACCAGACCGAUCCGUCGGAUCCUCCUCCACCCACAGUACGACCAGUUCACCUCUGACUACGACAUCGCCCUCCUCGAGCUCAGUGCUCCAGUCUUCUUCAAUGACCUGGUGCAGCCUGUGUGCGUCCCCGCGCCCUCACACACCUUCACAACAGGGACCAGCUGCUACGUCACAGGCUGGGGGGUCCUCAUGGAGGACGGUGAACUGGCCACUCGCUUACAAGAGGCCUCAGUGAAGAUAAUCAACAGGAAUACUUGUAACAAGCUGUAUGACGAGGCUGUUACUCCCAGGAUGCUGUGCGCAGGGAACCUGCAGGGAGGGGUGGACGCCUGCCAGGGUGACUCAGGAGGUCCGUUGGUGUGUCUGGAGCGAGGCAAGCGGUGGUUCCUGGCAGGGAUCGUGAGCUGGGGCGAGGGCUGUGCGAGGCAGAAUCGCCCCGGUGUCUACACGCAGGUGGUCAAGUUCACUGACUGGAUCCAUCAGCAGACCAAAGGACAGGUGUGACUGAACAACACACUGACAUGAAAUAAAGACUUAACACACAGGACGAAGGUCUCAGACCUGGAGUCCAUCUUCAGAUCGUUGUCAUGACUGCAUGACAACACAUUCAGUCAGUUUUUGGGAGUGUGUCCAUGGCAACGGGCCUGCGGGGACAUCAUCAGCGCUCCAAACCGACCAGCUUCCUUAUAAUCUCCGACCACUGACAGUGGCUAUGUUGACAUGCACAAAAAAAUGUAACCUGGUUGUUAAAUUAACUUGAUUUUGGGUCGUUACACAUAAAUGUUGGAAUUUGGUUUGAAUACCUUACACAGAUUACAAAUACAAUACCAAAUUAUGUUAGUGAAUCCUGUGCUAAUUUCACAGGGUGCUUUAACAUAAAACCACACUAUCAGCUUUUAGUUUUCACUGCACACACAUAGACCGAACUGUGGUUCAAUAUUUACGACUCUAAUUUUGACAGAGCAAUAGUUUGCUCAAAGUCAAGUCAAACUUUAUUUGUAGAGCACCUUUAAAACAACAGUGAAGUGCUGAUCAGUCACAAAUUACCAAAGCAACACAGAGAGACAAACAGCAAAAGGAACAGAUGAAAAUAAUAGAAAUAAUAGAGGACACAUUGCAGCACAACAGAGGAUGAAGUCAAUUGAAAUGUCAAGCUCAAAUCAACGAGAUGAGGAGGGUCUUCAGCAGCAACUUAAAGGUUUCUGUGGUCUGAGCAGUUUUCAUUUGAAUAGGUAAGGUGCAGAAGUUCGGUCACCACUGUUUUUGUGUUUUGUUCUGGGAAUAUCCAGGAGCAUCUGAUUGGUCAACUUCAGUGCUCCAACUAGAAUAUGAAGAUGCAAAAGUUCUGCUUGAUAAGGUGGCACCAGCUGGUUUAAAGCAGGAUUUAUACUUCUCCUUGGAUAUGUAACAACACGUCCUAGCGACACAGAUGUCCUGUCUAUUUUUGUAAGCUGAAACCAUUUCCCUCAGUGGAAACAGCUUUUAUUUACUUUAAUUUCACAGAUAAGAAACAAUAAAUUAUGAAGACAAUGAAACCUCCACAAAAAUAUCAUUUUAAGUCUUGUGUGAUUUAUCCUGGCUUCAUAUAUUUGUAUAUUUGUUUGGAAAACGUGUUUAGUAUAAGACAGUUGUUUUGUCAGUGAGUUGUAAUGGAGCCAAAUUAUGUACUGUUACCUUUGUUAAAUGUUGCUGUUGUCCCUGGCUUCAUAUGAGUAGAGGAAAAGUCCACUAGCUGCUAGGCUAAUUUAUACAAUGUAAAAUGCUGUAGGCUUGUGCUAAUAACGUUAGCAUGUUGUAUUUGUGGGGAAAAUGUGUCCAGAUAAAGACAAGUGUUUGUCUGUGAAUGCUGCGAGUUAUAGUGAAGCUGAUUUGUGUACUUGUGUUUGAAAUGGUUGCUAUUAAGCCAUGUUUAAUGUGUGUUUAAUGUGUGUUUUGAAUCAACUAAACCCUGCCGCCAACUAGCUCACAAUGGCAUAUGCCACAUGUGUAGGCUACGGCGUAUUCUCUGCAUAGAGCUGACACACAAGUAUAAAUCCUGCUUAAAACCUUAAAAAUAAGCAAUAAAAUCCUGAAAUGGACAGGAAAUUAGUUGAGGGAAGUCAGUACUGGUGUUAUGUGAUCACGUUUUCUGAUUUCAAGCUAGAGAUACAAGCGGCAGCAUUAUGUACUAACUGCAGAUGUCAAACAGGCGAUUGUUGUACACCCACAUUACACCACAAACCAAGUGCCAUCUAGUUCCAUUAUAUUAGACAGAAGGCAGACAUCUCUAUGGCCAAUAUCUCCAACAUUCUGCAACUCACGCCAAAACAAUCCAGACUGAAAGAUAGCACUACAGUUAUUAGGACGAAUAUGUAUAUUUGGUUUUUGGGUGAACUGUCCCUUUAAGUCUCCUCAGUCAGAUGGACUGAUCAAGCCCAAAGUUCAAGAAACUAGCCAGGUUAUCCCGUGCAUGUAAAUGUAGCCAGUUACUUCCUGUUUUUCCUGUCACAGCUGACCAUGUCAGGUGGUGCCAACAAAAAUCACAACGGACCUUUUACCGAAUGUGGAAAGAGUUCUCUCCCCGCACGCAUGUAACCAUCUAUUUUUUCCUCAUCUACAUUCGUCCAUGUACUGUAUAUGUGUGUUCAUGACCGACUGUAUGUGUAUUGUACUGUAUGUGUAUGUAUGUGCAUUUGUAUAUCAUGAGUUUCUCUGAGUCAUAGCCUUAUGCUCAAUAUAUUCUGUAAUGGUAGAGAAGUGAAAAAUCCUUCAGUAGGAGGUGAUAAUAUAUUUUGCAUUUCAGUUUUACUGUGAUUUAAUUUAUCAUCACGGUGCCUCUGUUGUACAUCAUGCUCCAUGAGAAGCAUGAUCACAGCUCCCUUUAAAAAUCAUGAUGCUGGUUAAUAAGAUUAUCAGGAGGAAACUUUACCAAUCUUUUCUGUGCAGACACAAUGGCAUGUUCACCUGUCUCCCGCUGCUCAUUCAGCUCACAUCACCACCCAGUGGCCACUUUGUACCACCGUUUAUUUUAUGACCCGAGGGAAUGAUGCACCUCACACCCAAAGGAUUAAAAAACAUUGUGCAUCAUUGUUUAAUUAUACCAGAUUAUAUGCUUUUACAUUAAAGACACAGUUUGCAGUGCAGCAGGUCUUACAAAAACUGUUGUAAUUAUUAUUACUAUGACAUUUAUAGUGUUUUGUUUUUUCUUACUACAGUGUCCAAAAGUGAAAUUUGGCUGAGGCUGGGCUGAGACAUCUCUGCUGCUUUAGUGGUAAUUGGUGCUUUGACUGAAAAGAGUGCAACAUGAGGCACCUGUGCAGUACAAUACUUUGGAGACAAUAUAAUUUCAUCACCAUGAUGUUACAGUUUGAGUAGGAAGUCACCUUAAAGCUAAGGUUACCUGUUUAUACGUGACGAGUUCCCUGUUUUUCUAGUUGUGUGAUUUGCUCGUCCAAGAAAAUCUCUUCUUUGUUUACUUUCCGAUGAAAGAUUGAAAUGUGAGAAACGUGAUUGUCAGCUUGUUGAUGAGAACACCACCCGUUUUCUCCGGUGCCUACGUGCUGAUCACCGCGUAUACCAAUUCAGAGUACACGCAAGAUUUAAGCACAGAGCUGCACAUAUGCGCAUCCUCUCCGGCACUGGUGCGUAAUUCUAGUCUGUUCUGGAAAUAAAAUAACUUGCAGAUUUUUAGAUGGGAAAUGGCUUUUUCAUGUAUAAAUGAAUGUUUUAAAGUAUGUCAAAAAGCAAAGGCUAGUUUGGACCGUUAACCUUUAUUAACACCUC